AUGACAUCUGCUGGAUCAGAAACAGAUUUAAUUUCAUCGGGACAAAUUAUUAAAAACCGAUGGCGUAUUAUUAAGAAAAUUGGCGGUGGUGGUUUUGGUGAAAUAUACGAGGCUCAAGAGGAAAAUUCCAGAGAAAGAGUCGCUCUUAAAUUGGAGUCUACGAAGCAAUCGAAGCAAGUUCUCAAAAUGGAGGUAGCCGUUCUUCGAAAGCUUCAGGAUAAGGAACACUUUUGCAAAUUCUUUGGCUGUGGUCGUACGGAAAAAUACAAUUACAUUGCAAUGUCUAUUCAGAAUUAUCGAGAGCGUUCUACAACGUCUCGCUCCUAUUAUUUUCCAUUCUCACAAUUAUUUCGCUGGAUAAAUGAUGAGGGUUUGAGUAGCGUCGUCUUUCCUAUCUACGAGCUGUUCACAUGCAGUGGUUUGCUAAUUUUGCAUUUGUCGGAUUUCACAAAUAAUUACGCUGUUGUGGGCACCUAA